AUGCUACAUUACGGACCAGUUUUUCAUCUACUUGUUCUUUCUUUUUUGCUUUCUUUCUUUCUUUAUUUCUUUCUUUAUUUCUUUCUUUCUUCAUAUAUUUUUGCCUCCGUUCUUUCUUAUCUAUCUGUGCAUAUUUUCCUUCUGUCUUUCUUUCUUUCUUUCUUCAUAUAUUUUUGUCCAUAUUCUUUCUUUCUUUCUUUCUUCAUAUAUUUUUGUCCAUAUUCUUUCUUUCUUUCUUUCUUCAUAUAUUUUUGUCCAUAUUCUUUCUUUCUUUCUUUCUUCAUAUAUUUUUUUCUUUCUUCCUUUCUUUCUUCAUCUUUUUGCGCCCCCGUUUUUUCUUAUCUAUUUUGCAUAUUUUCUUUCUUUCUUUCUUUCUUUCUUCAUAUAUUUUUGUCCAUAUUCUUUCUUUCUUUCUUUCUUCAUAUAUUUUUGUCCAUAUUCUUUCUUUCUCUCUUUCUUCAUCAAUUUGUGCCUAAGUUCUCUCUUCCUUUCUUUCUUCAUCUUUUUGUGCCCCCGUUUUUUCUUAUCUAUUUUGCAUAUUUUCUUUCUUUCUUUCUUUCCUUCCUUCUUUCGUUCUUUCUGUCCUUCUUUCUUGCUUUCUUUAUUUCUUUCUUCAUAUAUUUUUGCCUCCGUUCUUUCUUAUCUAUCUGUGCAUAUUUUCCUUCUUUCUUUCUUUCUUUCUUUCUUUCUUUCUUUAUUUAUUUAUUUAUUUAUUUAUUUCUUCAUAUAUUUUUGUCCAUAUUCUUUCUUUCUCUCUUUCUUCCUCUAUUUGUGCCUAAGUUCUUUCUUUCUUUCUUUCUUUCUUUCUUUCUUUCUUUCUUUCUUCAUCUUUUUGUGCCCCCAUUCUUUCUUAUCUAUUUUGCAUAUUUUCUUUCUUUCUUUCUUUCUUUCUUUCUUUCUUUCUUUCUUUCUUUCUUUCUUUCUUCAUAUAUUUUGCCGAUAUUCUUUCUUUCUCUCUUUCUUCAUCUAUUUGUGCCUAAGUUCUUUCUUUCUUUCUUUCUUUUUUCUUUCUUCAUAUAUUUUUGCUCAUGUUCUUUCUUUCUCUCUUUUUUCAUCUAUUUGUGCCUAAGUUCUUUCUUUAUCUAUUUGUGCAUAUGUUCUUUCUUUCUUUCUUUCUUUCUUUCUUUCUUUCUUUCUUUCUUUAUAUCUAUCUAUCUAUCUAUCUAUCUAUCUAUCUAUCUAUCUAUCUAUCUAUCAUACUCUUGUGGGAAGUCAAAUACAUCGCAGCGUUUAAAAAACAGCGAAAUACGUUACGAUUUCGCUUUUCAUGUCGCCUCUGCCCAUCCUCCUUUAUUUUUACAGCCUUCUGAACUAAAUUAUUCUGUUCUUUCUUCAUCUAUUUUGCCCCCCCUUCUUUCUUUCUCUCUUUCUUCAUCUAUUUGUGCCUAUGUUCUUUCUUUCUUUCUUUUUUUCUUUCUUUGUGCCCCUCGUUCUUUCUUUCUUCAUCUAUUUCUGCCUAUGUUCGUUCGUUCAUUCUUUCUUUCUUUCUUCAUCUAUUUUUGCCCCCUAUUAUUUCUUUCUCUCUUUCUUCAUCUAUUUAUGCCCCCCGUUCUUUCAUUCCUUUCUUUCUCUCUUUAUUCAUUUCAUUUUUACAAUAUCUUACAAUCUAUGCUUCCAAAAACGGCUAAUAUUGCUAUUACCAUUUACCAAGCGAUUGUUAUUUUAUCCAAUCCGCUAGCUCCUUCCAUCCCCCACCCUAACUCCCCUCCUUCCGUUCCUGCCAUCCUUCAUCCCUCCCUCCCUUCUUUCAUUUCUCCAUCCAUUUCUUCCUUGCCUACGGUCCUAUCUUCUUCCUCUUCCUUCCUUCCUCCUCCCCUUCUUUCCUUUUUUCAUCACAUCGUUCCUUCCUUCUUUCCCUCUAUUCCUUCCUCCCACCACUUCCUUCCUCCCACCACUUCCUUCCUCCCACCACUUCCUUCCUUCCCUCCAUUCCUUCCUACCUACUCUACUUCCUUCUUUCUUUUCGUUCUUCCUUCCUUCAUUCCUCUCCUUUCCUCUAUUCCUUCCUUCCUACAUUUCCUUACUUCCCACAAAUCCUUCCUUCCUACCUCACUUCCUUCUUUCAUUUCUUUCUUCCUUCUUUCAUUUCUCUCCUUCCCUCUUGUCCUUCCUCCGUUUCAUUCUUUCCCUCCAUUCCUUCCUUCCUACCUUACUUCCUUCAUCUCUUUCUUUCUUUCUUUCUUUCUUUCUUUUUCCUUCAUUCCUCUCCUUCCCUCUAUUCUUUCCUUCCCACAAAUCCUUCGUUCCUACCCCCACUCCCUUCUUUCUUUCUUUCUUUCUUUCUUUCUUUCUUUCUUUCUUUCUUUCUCCUUCCCACUAUUCCUUCCUUCCUCCACUUCCUUCCUUCCCUCCAUUCCUUUUCUACCUCACUCCCUUCUUCUAUUUCUUUCUUCCUUCAUUCCACUCCUUCUCUUUACUCCUGCCUUCCCUCCAUUCCUUUCUUCCUACUUCACUCCCUUCUUUCCUUUCUUUCUUCAUUCCUUCAUUCCUCUCCUUCCCUCUAUUCCCCCUUUCCCCCUCAUUUCCUACCUCACUCCUUUCUUUCCUCUCUUUCUUCCUUCCUUCCUUCCUUCCUUCCUUCCUUCCUUCCUUCCUUCUAUUCUUUCCUUCCCUACAUUCCUUUCAUUUCUUUCUGCCUUCCUUCAUUUCUCUCCUUCCCGCUAUUCCCACCUUCCUCCCUUUAUUUCCUACCUCCCUUCUUUCCUUUAUUUCUUCCUUCCACUACCUCCCUCCCCAUACCUCCCUCCCCAUACCCCUCCUUCCUCCUUUCGGUUAUUCCUUUCAUUCCUCGUAUGCUUAAUCACAGUGUUCGUCGCAAUGUCAUCACUCCGAUUUUUAAAGCGUCUUUUUUUUACUUUGUCAUACAAUUUAUAG